AGACAAAUAAAAAGAAAAUGUAAAUAAAAUCUGAGCUGUAAUGAAUUCAUUAUUCGUUUUUUUUCUCGUUUUAACGGAUUUUUGUGAGGGGGAAUUUUUGGUUGAGAAAAAUGAAUGAAUUGAAGCCUCCGCAUGUGGGAAGGUCCUCCCAGUGCGUGGAUACGCCGGAAAGGAUAAAUUUCCUCUCAAGCAACUGCACAGCAGCUCCUAGGAGGAUUGAUGUACUCGGUCGUGGUGGAUUUGGGAUUGUGCUGAAGGCUACGUACAAAGGAAAAUGUGUGGCUGUUAAAGUUGUCCAAAUGAAGCAUGAGUACUGUUGUAGAUCGCUGGAGAAGGAGAAGAAUAUCCUGUGUGCAAAACAUCCCAAUAUUAUUCGAAUUUUUAAAGUUGUAACUGACACGACUCAUGGCUUGGUGAUCAUGGAGAGGAUUUCCGGUGAGAAUCUUCAUGUAAUUUUGAAUGUCAUUCACCUGAGUACCGUGCAUGGGAUUGAGAUUCUCUCCCAGGUUGCUUCAGGAUUAAUUUAUUGCCACAGGCAGGGGGUAACACAUGGUGAUCUCAAGCCACAGAAUAUCAUGAUAACUCUCAUGGAGAAUAAUAGGCGAUAUGUGGCAAAAUUGUGUGAUUUUGGAUGCUCCUCGAGGGUAGAGGAGAAUCCCAAGAGGGAGAUGUGUCGUGGAACAAUCCGCUAUAUGGCUCCGGAAGCCCUAAAUGGUGCCCCAUUAACCCCGAAAGUGGAUAUUUUUGCAUUUGGGGUAAUAAUGUGGCAAAUAAUGAGUAGAAAAAUUCCCUAUGAAGACAUUCAUUCGAAUGAAAUUAUUGCCUAUCGCGUGGUCCAUGACGGAUUGCGUCCAGAUGUGUGUCAAGGGGAAUUCUUAAAGAUUCCAGAAAUUCUCCUUAAUGGAGAAACAUUCGGACGUUCAUCGAGAUGUUCAAUAUCACCGCGAAGAAUUAAAAGUGAUACACUUCUGGGGGGAAAUGCGGAAAAUUCCCCGAAAGAACCCAAAGGGAAGUUCCCAAGAUCCCUCAGUGCUCUCCUGAAGGAAGCUAAAAUUGAGAAUCACGAAGAAUUCCCACAAACUGCCAAGAAAAUUGUAUGGAAAAAAAUUUUUAAGAAUCAAAAGUGGACAGAAGAUGAAGAAAUUGCAACGAAAUAUUGUUCCCUGUUUAGGAUUUGCUGGCACGAACAGCCCUCAAUACGUCCGGAAGCAAAUCAGCUAUUGGAAGAAUUGAGAGAUCUCGCCAGGAUUGCUACUCAGUGAUUUAUUUUUUUUUUUUCAAAUUAUUUUCCUGUUAGUCCUUGUAAAUGAGAUAAACAGUGGAGAGAAUAAAGAAUGUUGGUGUUUCGUA